CACGCGCACGACAAAAGCAUAGUUGCAUCUUGUCCUGUUGCCGUGACUUGUGUCGAGGUGUGUGGAGCGAUGCGAAUGCGCUCUCAUGGUGUUCGCAGGUGUCGGCGGGGCCGGGAGAAGGUGCCGGAGCCGCGGCGUGACGUGGAGGUGCCGCCGCCGCUGAUGCUGUGCCCCUGUGUCAGCGCCGCCGCGGCGCCGCGGCAUGGCGCACAGCCGGAGCGCGGGCGGGCGCGGGCCAUGCCUCUUCCCCGCGUUCCACCACCAUCCUCCAUCCUUCCACCCUCACACAUGCAAGACACGCUCGGAGCGCUGCUCGCCGUCGGGCUCGUGUACGUCGUCGUGCGCUUUGCCUUUGGCAGCAGCAGCGGCAGCAGCAGCGCCGGCAGCGGCGGCGGCGGCGCCGGCGUGCCGGGCGGCGCCAGUGUCGCGCCCCAGGCGGGUGCGCAGAGAGGCGCGGCGCAGAGGAGAAACAUGGCGGGCGUCAGUGAUGAGAUGGUUCAGGCCGUGACGUCGAUGUUCCCGCACGUCUCGCCCGAGGCGAUCCGCUACGACCUCGCACGCAGCGGCAGUGCCGAGGCCACGGCCGAUCGCAUCCUCAGCGAGGGCGCGCUGCCGAAUCCGCCAGCAGGUCUCUUUGGGCCUCCGCGUCCCGCACCUCCGCCGCCGCGAGCGCCCGAGUCAGCGUCUGCUGCCUCGUCCGCAUCCGCACGCACCUCGCUCAUCAAGUCCUUCAACCUCGAGGCGCGCCUCUCUGCGCCUGCGCCGUCUGAGGCGGCACCGGCGCCGGCGGCGGCAGAAAAGGGAAAGGAGAAGAGCAAGGCAAACUGGAGCGACGAGCGCGCGACGAGGGAGCGGGAGCUGAGGGCGCGAAAGGAGGAGAUGAUCCUUGCGGCUAGGAGACGUCUGCAGGCCAAGCAGAGCGGCGCCUAGGCGUUCGGAGAUGGCUCGCAAGCAGUGCGCUCGCUUGCAGCACUGCACAUGUACGAACACGCUGCUUCGUGUAAUCAGGAUGCCCGUAACC